AUGGAAGACGAUCAUGAUUACCUAGGUGGAGACCAGCCCAAGCCAGGAAGGGCGGGGGUGGAGGAAUCCCAAGCACGAGCAGGGGUUGAAGAGCCGGGAUGCUUGGGGCUAAGCAGGGAGAACCAGCCAGACAGAAAUCAGAGCAGGAGGAGCUGUCCUCGGUGUCUCAGCUCAGCUAGACUCUGCAAGCUGGCAAUGGGUGUCCCCAGAACCAUCGUGCUCUUCCUCUUUGGGGCUGUGUUCUGCCUGACAGAGUCCCAAGCCCAGCAAUGCUACAGCUUUCAACACAUCUACUUCGGGCCCUUUGACCUCAGUGCCGUGAAAUUCCGCAACAUCUCCUGUCCCCACGGGUGCUCUGAGGCAGUCUUGUCCCUGGACACUGGGUACCGCGCCACGGUGACCGUGGUACAGAAGGGCUGCUGGACAGGCCCGCCUACGGGCCAGAUGCUGUCCGACGACCGUGCGCUGCCGCCCGACUACUCGGUGGUGCGCGGCUGCAAGACCGACUUGUGCAACGCCGACCUCAUGACCCACGACACCAUCCCCAAUCUGAGCCCGGCGCCCAGCCCGCCGACUCUCAGCGGCAUGGAGUGCUACGCCUGCCUAGGGAUCCACCCGGAGGACUGCACCCCGGAGAAGUCCCGACGGGUCCAGUGUCACCAGGACCAAAGCGUCUGCUUCCAGGGCAAUGGCCAAAUGACCGUCGGCAAUUUCUCAGUCCCAGUAUACAUCAGGACCUGCCACCGGCCGUCCUGCACCAUCAAGGGCACCUCCAGUCCCUGGACAAACAUUGACCUUCAGGGCUCCUGCUGUGAGGGGCAACUCUGCAACAGGGACUCCGUGACCCAGUCCUUCACCACCGCCUCGGCUGCUGCCACCCCUUCCCAGGCGCCCCACAGCAUGGCCCUGCUCCUCAUGGUCCCCCUGCUGGCUGGCACUCUUGGAGGCCCCCUCCUGCCCUCCUCCUAGAAGCCCCUCCAGCCUCUUCAUGAGCAGGAUGCUGGGGGCAGGCACGGACCCACUACUCCCAACUUCACACAACUUCAGCCUCUGUAACGUGGCUCACUGGGAAAUGAUGUCAAACAACAGUGGCCCUCUUGUCUGUCUGUCUCUCUCCCUCCCUUCCCUACCCCUACCCUGCAGGCCUGAUCUGCUUAUCAGGUCUGGAAGAAAUUGGGAAAGGUCCCCAUCAUCCCAUGGUGGGGAGAAACAGCCACAUCCUGGUCCACAUGAAGAGCAAUCCUAAUAAUAGCUAUGACUGAGCACCAGUCAGGCCCCGGCGCCCCACCACCUGGUUUCCUGUCCUGUCCCUCCAGAGCCAGCUUGGAGCUACGACAAUGUCUUUGUUAGUAUCGCCGUGAGAGGUUCAAGAGGCAGCAUAUCCUAGAAGCUAGGAGCCCAAACUCUGGAGCCAGCCUGCAUGGGUUUGAGUCCCAGCUCUACCCUUUAGCCUGUGGGUGACCUUGGGCUAGUUACUUGACCUCUCUGCACCUUUCUCACCUAUAAGGCAGAGGUGAAAAUAAAACCUCCAAUAAUGACAAGA